AUACAUUGUAGAAGAUUUCCAGUGGGCCGUAAUGGAACCUGUAUCUGCCCUCGUUUGCUUAGUUGUCAAAGAAACGUUACCAACAUAUGUGUAAGGAAUCCAGCCAAUCGUUGUCAACUAAUGAGAAAUCAAUGUGAAUUGGAACAGCAAAGAUGUGGAGGAACUGUUUUAAAUGCCACCUUGCCAGUACAAUGUCGCAACAUAAGGCCUGGCGAGACAGGAGAUUGUGCUUGUCCAUCUUUGGAAACUUGCUCGGUUAAUCGCACUAACAUUUGUGUAAGAACUAGAUUGGGCUGUCGUCUGAAGACAAACGAAUGUGAAUUGGAACGUUCUAGGUGUCAGGGAGAAGUGGUCACCCCCAUUAACCAAAUUCAAUGUAGAGGUUUUUCUCCCGGUGAUGGUGGACCCUGUGCUUGUCCUCGCAUGGAAACUUGCAAUCGUAGUAAUACCAAUAUUUGUGUAAGAUCGGAACGGGGUUGCAUGCUACUGAGAAAUGAAUGCGAAUUGGAACAGGCUCGUUGUGAAGGAAGAAAUUUCACAGUAGUUGAUGGCAUACAAUGCGUUAACUUUUCAGUAAACGUAGUGAGAAAUUGCUCUUGUCCAAAUAUGGGCAUUUGCUCUGUCAGCUCUCCAAAUUUGUGUGCCACCUCAUCCGCAACGCAAUGUAAACUUUUAGGUAAUCGGUGUGAAUUGGAAAAGGCCAGAUGUCAAGGAGAAGCACUAACCAUCGCCCACCCCUUGCAAUGCCGAGGCUUACGUCUAAACACCACAAGCAACUGUUUCUGCCCGCGUCUCCGCAACUGUUCCAUUAAUACCAUCAAUAUUUGUGUACGGGAGAAUAACAACAAUAAUACUUGUACUCUAAUGAGAAACGAAUGUGAUUUGGAACAAGCGAUAUGUGAAGGCAGAGACAUUAGAAGGGUAGCUAGCAUACACUGUCGCAACUUUACAGCCAACACCAGACGGACAUGUUUCUGUCCCAAUUUGGCCACCUGCAAUCGUAAUUCAUCAAGCAUUUGUGUCAUAAACUCAACACAGUGUCGUUUGGUGAGAAACGAAUGUGAAUUGGAACAAGCUAAAUGUGAAGGAAAUAAUCUUAUAACAACUCAUGCUGUUCAGUGUUUCAAUUUCCAAAUAAAUCAACAAAGCAACUGCAGUUGUCCCAAUUUAAUAACAUGUUCUCAAAACUCGAGCAGAAUUUGUGUCAGAACACGUGCCGGCUGUAAACUUUUAACAACACAAUGUGAUUGGGAAGAAGCCAAGUGUAGAGGAGAAGCCUUAAGAACUUUGGACCUCAUUCACUGCCAAGGUUUUCGUAGUCGUGAAGAGAGAUCAUGUUUCUGUCCCAAUUUGCAAACAUGUUCCCGCAAUACCACCAUUAUUUGUGCAAGAGAUCCCAGAAAUAAUUGCACUUUACUAAGAAACGCUUGUGAUUUGGAACAGGCUAGAUGCCAGGGACAAGCUCUUACCAUAGUGCCCAAUUUGCAUUGCAGAAAUUUCACCUCAAGAACUAGGCGAACUUGUUUGUGUCCCAAUUUGUUUAAUUGUUCCACAAAUGCUAGCACUACUUGUGUGAAAUUAAACUCAGGCUGUAAAUUGCUAAGAAAUCAGUGUGAAGUGGAGAAUGAAAAAUGUCAAGGACCAGUCAUAAUUAUGUCUCCACUACGCUGUAGACGUUUCACUUUUGGCCAAACUCGCCCGUGUACUUGUCCCAAUCUGAAAACAUGUUCUCGCAAUAAUACCAAUAUUUGUGUUAGAACUACCACAGGUUGUAGACUAAUGCGUAAUGAAUGUGAAUUAGAAGAGUUGAGAUGUCAGGGACAAAAUCUUAGAGUUUUACCAGCUGUGCAAUGUAAACGUUUACGAUCUGGCCGGGAAGGUGCUUGUGCCUGUUCCAACUGGUUAAAUUGCCAACGUAAUUCAAGUAGAGUUUGCAUAGAAACUCGCAGAGGCUGUAGACUGCUGCAAAAUCAAUGUGAUUUGGAGGAGAGGAGAUGUCGUGGAGAAGUUCUCAACGUUACCACCCCAUUACAGUGCCAAGGUUUCGCACUAGGUCAAUUAAGAAAUUGUGCCUGUCCUGAACUAAAAACAUGUUCACGCAAUAAUUCCACCAGGGUUUUAAGACCCAUUUGUGUCAAAGGUCCCAGGGGAUGUAAAUUGAUGAAUACAGAUUGUGACCUACAAUUGGCUCGAUGCAGAGGAGAAAUUUGGUCCAGAACCGAUGAUUUACAGUGCAGAGGUUUCAUAUUGGGUCAACAAAUAAUUCCAUUGAUCCUGAUUAUUUUAUUUCUUCAAGAAUUAUCGCUGACUUCAUCACAAAGAUGCCAGGGCAUAAAAUUAGAUGAAUACGAAACAUGCAAAUGUCCUGAAAGCCGUAAUUGCAAUCGUAAUCGACAAAUAUGUGGACGCAGAGGUAGACAAUGUAAACUCUUCCAAAGCGAUUGUGAUUUUAGAAACUCCUCUUGUCGAGAUGAAAUUUGGCAAAGCAUUUCAUUAAGCAACUGCUGUCAAUUCACAGUGAAUGACACUAAAGCUUGUACAACAAACCUAACCCGGACCGUAUGUGGUAGAGCCUCCAACAACAGAUGUCGUAACUUUCCAACGAGAUGUGACUUAAAUAAGGCAAAUAGAAGAAAUAAUGAAUGGUCUUUAGUUAAUCAAUCGAAUUGCAAGUGCAUACGCAGUGGUCGCACUGGCACAUGUGCUGAACGUAUUGUCUGCACACCUCCCACUAAUCGUAUUCCUAGGAUUUGUGGUCGCCAAGGGCGAACACACAGGAUGUUUAGAUCGCAAUGUCACCUAAGGUUGCACAAUUAUCAAAAAUGUACCAAUUUUAGAGCAGUUCGUACCAGACUGUGUCGCAGAAGAGAAGGAUAAUUUAUUGUUAUAUUUCUUUAAAACUGAAACAAAAUAAAUAAAGUUUAUUUUAAUAAUUCAUGAAGAUACAAUUA